CGUUUACCGUCUGAGGGCCCCAGGUCAUGCGCCGGCGGCCUUCGAUGCCGAACCACGUGCGCCAAGCCGAGCUCCUGCCCUUCCAGUUCACCUCACUUCACCUCACCAGCAACAAACCAAAAGCCGCCCCGAGGACGUCCCAUCACUUCGUCUCUAUUGUACCCAAGCCCUCACGUCGAGCGUCUUCGAAAGCCUAAACCCCCGCAAGACCGUCACCUUCCCACAAUGACUCACGAACCCCAAGGAGUCUGGUCCGCGGACGCAGCCAACACAACCUCAUCCACGCGCGUGAACAUCAAGCAAGAAGACAAAGACGAAGUCAAGCCGUCGCCAGCAGCCCUCCAUAGGGAGAUGAUACGCCAACACGUAGGCGUCCGCGCUACGAAGCCAAGCGUCCACCCGCGCCUCCCCCAUAUCAAGCGAGAAGACCAAGAAUUCGAGCCACCACCGCCAGCCGCCCGUAAGGAGAUGCUAUAUCAGCGUGGGGCCGUCCGCACUACCAAGCCAAGCGUCCACCCGCGCCUCCCCCAUAUCAAGCGAGAAGACCAAGAAUUCGAGCCACCACCGCCAGCCGCCCGUAAGGAGAUGCUAUAUCAGCGUGGGGCCGUCCGCACUACCAAGCCAAGCGUCCACCCGCGCCUACCCUAUAUCAAGCAAGAAGACAAAAUGGAGGAAUCCCAGGCAGCCUCUAUCGCUGCGCUCUUCACCGCCCGCGGAGAAACUAAAGCCCAACGCCGGGCCCGUCGGGGCGCCGAAGCCGCCGCGAAUCCCCUCGUCGCUCGCUUGAAGAAAGACGUCGCAGAAAAGAAGGUCGAGCUCAAGGCUUAUGGGCAUAUACCGAAGAAGCCGAGGCCGGGAUGGUGGCUAGAGACGGCGAAAAAGGUGUACAAGGAGGAGACGAAGCAGCUCAAGAGGGAGGAGAACGUGACGAUUGAGAGCGAGGAGGAGGUGGAGCGGGAGGAAAAGGCGCGCAUAAAGGCCUUUGGCGUAGAGAACGUGAGGAAGGAGGGAGUAUUAAGGGACGAGAGAAAGAGGCUGGAGAAAGAAGAGGCGGAGAGGCGGGUGCUGGAGGGCAGGGAUUGCGCAGAGAAGAAAAAGCUUGUGGGGAGGAAGGGAUUGGAGAGGGAGCUUAGGGAGAAGUUGGCGAGUGAAGUGAGGAAUAGAGUGGGAGAGGCAUAG